GUACACAUAUCUUUGUGCAGUCUCUCACCGCUGUCAAACUCUUACGCACCGUCAUGAUGAUCGCCACCUGAUUUUCGCCUUGCACGUCUUCGACUCGCGUCGAUUUCCACGGCUGCAUUGUCCUGCUAGAAACGCACAUAGAUCCUGUCCUUCUUUUACACUUUGUUGUCACGACCAGCCAAUAUCGCCAUGUGGUCGCAACUCGAGCCGACAGGGCCGCACGUGUCGUACUUGGUCCUCACGUCAUUUCUGAUGAUGUAUGCUCUCUUCUCGCUCAUGAUCAGGAACAGGCUCCAUCUAUCCGAACCACCUCUGGCCACAAUCUUCGGAAUUCUGGUUGGACCGCGAGGCCUCGGGUGGUUGAAGCCAUACGAGUGGGGUUUCCAGGAUCCCCUUAUCCAGGAAUUCACUCGCAUCGUUGUUGGCGUUCAGUGCUUCGCUGUCGGUCUGGAACUACCCAACGGCUACCUGAAGAAGAAAUGGAAGGCACUCUUGGUCCUGCUCGGCCCUGUCAUGACCUUUGGAUGGCUUAUAGGCGCGCUUUUCAUUAUGCUCAUCUUCGACAUUGACUUUGCGUCUGCAUUGACUAUCUCCGCCUGCCUCACGCCGACGGAUCCUGUUCUGGCGGCGUCGGUCCUGUCAAACAGCCAGUUCAGUACUCGAGUACCGAAGCGCAUCAGAGACCUCUUGAGCGCCGAGAGUGGCGUAAACGAUGGUGUAUCGUUUCCGUUCCUGUUUAUGGGUCUCAACAUUGUGAUGAAAGCUUCCCGAGGCGAGGUACUCAAGGAGUGGUUUCUUAUCACGGUUCUGUAUCAAUGCACAGUUGGCGUUAUCAUCGGAAUCAUCCUUGGACACGUCUUCAAUUCGCUCUAUCACAUUUCUCAUACGCGCGAGAUGAUGGGUCGAGCAUCUUAUCUGGCGUUCUACCUCCUCCUGGCUGUCUUCUCCAUUGGUCUCGCGUCGACACUCGGUGUUGAUGACUUCCUCGUCGCAUUCUGCGCUGGGAGAGGAUUUGCGCACGGCGGCAAUGCUCCAACGGCGGACACCCGGCUUCCAGUUGUUAUCGAUCUGAUGCUCAACUCGGCACUCUUUGUCUUCUUCGGCGCCAUGAUUCCCUGGGCGUCGUUCAACAAGGUUGACGCAAUCACCCCCGGCAGACUGCUAGGUCUACUGGCACUGAUUCUCAUCUUCCGCCGCAUACCUGUUGUGUUCAUGUUCUACAAGGCAAAAUUGCUCCCUCACGUUCGUACAACGACGGAGGCCCUAUUCAUCGGACAUUUCGGACCUAUGGGUGUUGGCGCACUAUUCCUAGCAAUCGAAGCACGCGCUCAGCUUGAGACAGACACCUCGCUGCCGCUACCGCAUCCCCCCGAUGACUUGGAUCCUCAGCGGCAGAGGGUCAUCACACUCGUCUGGCCGAUCGUUUGUUUCAUCGUCCUAGGAAGUACGCUGUUCCAUGGCCUCAGUACACUAGCGAUCAGCCUUGGCGGGCACUUCUCAAGGAAGGAGGGCGAGAGGGCGCCGCUCAUAGGUGAUGAGAGGGAGGGUCUGCACGGCAUGAUUUUUGAUGAGGAGCACGAGGGAACGGACGAGGAAGUAGGAAACGAAGAAGAUGAGGAAGUAGAAGAUAGAGGAUACUACAGGACUGAGUAAGGUGAAUCUAUAGUAGUACAUGAAGCUGAAACUCAGUCAAGUAUUACCUAUAUUUUUGGCAAAGUGUUCUGUAGGAUUUCAAUAUAUCCCAUCUACUUUGCUGUUAGCAAUUGCGUAGCAGAAUAGCUGAUUCACCUCCCUAGUCCGUCUCAGGGCUUCUAUUUGAGCCCACCACCAAAGACGCACCAUUAACCUACAGGAAAAUUGCAACAAAGCGG